GAGAGUUCCGCGUGCGAAUGGCCCGCGGGGCGGGCGAAGAGUAAGAUGAACGUGGUGACCGGGAGCCAGGGUUAGGAGCCGCGGGGCUCCUAGUAGUAGAGCGGGAAGAAGUCACGGGGGAGGAUAGAGAGGGCGGCAACCCUUUGGGCUCAGAGAUUGGCAGGAGUCGUGUAGUGGCGCUCUUAGCGAGUUGAGGGCCCCAGUGAGGGGAACGAGCAGCAAAGAGGGUCUCUAGGUGGGGCCUAGAGCAGAGGGACUACAAAAAAGGAUGCAGAUGACUGUAGAGACGAGGACGAGGACAUCCCGUGGAGAGGAAGUAGAGGUGAGGAGAUGAUAUAGGGAAGCUAUAUCGGUGUGGGGCUGUUUAGAGGGUUAUAGAGGUGAGAGUGGCGGAGAGAAACCCUAAGGGACUUGGCGGUAAGGGAGCCAUUAUUGAGAUAUACAGACGUGAAAGGGCGAAGUAGCGAUAUAGAAGGGCUGAAGAGGAUUCAGGGAUGUUUAUGAGGGAAAAAUCUGAGGAGGAAAAAAAGCCACCUAGAGUGAACUCUGUAGAGUGCUGUAUGGAGGAUCCUUAGGUUCUGGCCUAGUGAAGGCACCCAAACCAGGCACGUAAGGCAUUUCAGGUAGUGACUUCCCCCAUUUGGCUAGGAAUGUGGGUCCUCCUCCGAGGUGGGUACCCCCUCCGGAUCUUGCUGUCUCCACGUGGGGAGUGGAUGGGUCGGAGAGGCCUGCCCCGAAACUUGCUCCCGGGCCCUCCUCGCAGACGCUACAGGAAGGAGGCUCUCCCAGCCUUGGAGGCACCAGUGUUGCCUGUAACUGCAACUGAAAUCCGCCAAUAUUUGCGGGCACAUGGGAUACCUUUCCAGGAUGGCCACAGCUGCCUACGGAUACCGAGCCCCUUUGUGGGGUCCUCGCAGUUCAAGGACCAGACUGGUGUUACCACUUCCUUCAGUCUCUUCAUUGACAAGACCACAGGCCGCUUUCUCUGCAUGACUAGCCUAGCAGAGGGGAGCUGGGAAGACUUCCAGGCCAGCGUGGAGGGGCAAGGGGACGGGGCCAGAGCAGACUUCUUACUUAGUAAGGCCCCAGAACCUGAGGACAGUGAGGAGAUCCGGAGGAUCUGGGACCGAGCGAUACCUCUCUGGGAGCUCCCUGACCCCGAGGAGGUUCAACUGGCUCGUAUGAUGUUUGGCCUUACCAAGGUGACAGAUGACACACUCAAGCGUUUCAGUGUGCGGUAUCUACGGCCUGCUCGGAGCCUUGUCUUCCCUUGGUUCUCCCCUGGGGGCUUGGGAUUACGAGGCCUGAAGCUACUAGGGGCUGAAGGCCAGGGGGAUGGAGUGCAUUACGAGGAGACCACCAUUCCCCGGCCUGGUGCCUACCACAAUCUGUUUGGUUUACCACUGAUCAGUCGUCGAGACAUCGAAGUUGUACUGACAAGUCGUGAGCUGGACAGCCUGGCCUUGAGCCAGUCCACGGGGUUGCCCACCCUUACUCUACCCCGAGGAACGGCCUGCUUACCCCCUGCCUUACUCCCUUACCUUGAACAGUUCCGACGUAUUGUUUUCUGGCUGGGGGAUGACCUUCGGUCCUGGGAAGCUGCCAAAUUGUUUGCCCGAAAAUUGAACCCCAAGCGAUGCUCCUUGGUGCGGCCUGGGGACAAGCAGCCCCGUCCCCUCGAGGCCCUGAACCAAGGCUUAAAUCUUUCUCGUAUUCUUCGUACUGCCCUGCCUGCCUGGCACAAGUCUAUUGUGUCUUUUCGGCAGCUUCGGGAAGAGGUGCUAGGAGAAUUGUCAAAUGUGGAGCAGGUAGCUGGCAUUCGCUGGAACCGUUUCCCAGACCUUAAUCACCUCUUGAAGGGGCAUCGGAAGGGCGAGCUGACGGUCUUCACAGGGCCCACAGGCAGUGGAAAGACAACAUUCAUCAGUGAGUAUGCCCUGGAUUUGUGUACCCAAGGGGUGAACACACUAUGGGGUAGCUUUGAGAUCAGCAACGUGAGACUAGCCCGGGUCAUGCUGACACAGUUUGCUGUGGGGCGGCUGGAAGAGCAACUGGAAAAAUACGAUGAAUGGGCCGACCGCUUUGAGGACCUGCCCCUCUAUUUCAUGACUUUCCAUGGGCAGCAGAACAUCAGGACUGUAAUAGACACAAUGCAACAUGCAGUCUAUGUCUAUGACAUUUGUCAUGUGGUCAUCGACAAUCUACAGUUCAUGAUGGGUCAUGAGCAGCUGUCCACAGACAGGAUUGCAGCUCAAGACUACAUUGUUGGGGCCUUUCGGAAGUUUGCAACAGACAAUAGCUGCCAUGUGACACUGGUCAUCCACCCCCGGAAGGAGGAUGAUGACAAGGAACUGCAGACAGCAUCCAUUUUUGGCUCAGCCAAAGCAAGCCAAGAAGCAGACAACGUUCUGAUCCUUCAGGACAGGAAGCUGGUAACUGGGCCAGGGAAACGGUAUCUGCAGGUGUCCAAGAACCGUUUUGAUGGAGAUGUAGGUGUCUUCCCACUUGAGUUCAACAAGAGUUCCCUCACCUUCUCCACCCCACAAAAGAGCAAGGCCCGGCUCAAGAAGAUCAAGGAUGACAAUGGGCUAGUAGCCAAAAAGCCCUCUUCUGGCAAAAAAGGGGCUAUGCCCCAGAACUCUUGAGACUUGCUUGGACCAGGCCCCCAACCCCUACCAGCCAGACACCUCCAGGCCUUCAAGUUAAAGGCAGUGCAGAGCUGGUCACUGAAAUGAGCCUGAUGGGACAGGCUGGAACAUACUCUUUCUUUGCCCUCUGCUAGGACUCCUCUGUCCUAUCGUCCUGAGCUUUGGGCCCUUCUGGUCUGAGGAACCUCGCCUAGGGCAGUUUUCCAUAGUUAGAAAAUUCAAUUUAGCAGAUCUUUGAGAACUUACUGUGUGCCAGGCUUUGUUCAAGGUCUCAUAUAUACAGCACUGAAAAGACAGAUAAGGUCUCUGCUUCCACAGAACCUGCAUUCUGGUGGAAGAGACGAAACAGACAAUGAACAAAUAAACAGAACAGUUAUGCAGUGAAAAAUGCUAUCAAGAAAAUAAUGCAAUAGGGUGCUUGCAGGCUAGUUUAGAAAAGUGAUCUGAAAAGGUAUCUGAGCGGAUGGUAUGUAUGCUGGCCUCAACAACUACAAGGAGUGAGCCAUAUUAACAUCUGGAGAAGGGGGACCCAGACAGAGAUCCCUGAGGUGGAAAUGAGCAAGUCGAAUUCAAGGCAGCGAGGUCAGGCCCCCUGACCCUGGAGGGGAAUAGGGGACUUCUUGCCAAAACUCCAACCUAUGCUUUUGGAGCCAAAGGGUGACAUGGUGGAUACCAAGCCCCUUUGCUCCCCACUUUGUAGAGCCUAGUAUGAGGUGGCCCUUAUUAGAGAGGGAUCCUAGGUGCUCAUCCCUGUAAUAUAAGGGCCCAAAAGGUGAGAGCUACCUCCUGCUGUAUUGUUUGGGCAGAGCUGUGGAAAGAGCCUAGAGUGCCUGCCUCCUGGCCACUGAUCGCAUUGUAUGCUGCCUCAGACAGACAGCUGGAUCUAGGACUUCUUGUAGAGCCUUUUCCAGUUUUGCUGAAAAAAAUUUUUUGCCAUUG